UGGCCAGGCAGGCCAGAGGCUUAGAUCCUGAGGAGCAGAGCUGCUCUCUGAGCAAAACAGUCUUGAGAGGGGAAAAAACUCUCCCCCGAGCUCCCAGCACAGCGGCUUAACACAAACACGCACAACGCACUUCAGAACAAGGAGGGGAUUUUUUUGGGGCCACAAGGAGAGAGAUUAUUGAAAACUUGCAAAUGCAACAGUUUUCGGUUGCCUUUUGUGAUUAAUUGUGAAUUGUCUUUAAAGGAGAGCAAACUUUUUAAGGAGAGAGGAUGUUUGCCGUGCACUUGGUCUCGUUCUACUUUUCAAAGCUGCAGGAGGACCAAAUCAAAAAGGUCGACAGGUUCCUGUAUGCCAUGCGUCUGUCGGACGAGCAGUUGAGGGACAUCUCCAAGCGCUUCCGUGCUGAGAUGGAGAAGGGCUUGUCGGAAGAGAGCAACGCCACUGCUGCCGUGAAGAUGCUGCCGACUCACGUGCGCACCACGCCAGAUGGCUCAGAGAAGGGGGAGUUCCUGGCUCUGGACCUGGGCGGCUCCAAGUUUAAGGUGCUCCAGGUGAAGGUGUCUGAGCACGGCAAGAGGAAGGUGCAGAUGGAGAGCGAGACCUACGACAUCCCCAAGGAGGUCCUCAACGGCAGGGGAACGGAGCUGUUUGACCAUGUGGCCGAGUCUCUGAAGGACUUCAUGCAGAAGAACAGCAUCAAUCAGAAGAAGAAACCCCUGGGUGUUACCUUCUCCUUUCCAUGCGCACAGUCCAAGCUGAAUGAGGGUGUGUUGUUGUCCUGGUCAAAGAACUACAGAGCCAGAGGAGUGCAGGGUACAAACGUGGUACAGUCCUUAAAGCAAGCAAUCAGCAGAGUCAAGGAUGUGGAUGUGGAUGUGUUGGCUCUGGUCAAUGACACGGUGGGCGCUAUGAUGACUUGUGGAUAUGACGACCAUCGCUGCGAAGUUGGAGUCAUCGUGGGUACUGGUACCAACGCGUGCUACAUGGAGGAGUUGCGCCACAUCGACCUGGUGGAGGGGGACGAGGGACGCAUGUGCAUCAACACCGAGUGGGGCGCCUUCGGAGACGACGGGGUGUUGGAUGAUUACAUCACAGACUUCGACCGAGAGAUCGACGCAGCAUCUUCAAACGCUGGAAAACAGCUUUUUGAGAAGAUGGUGAGUGGCAUGUACAUGGGUGAGCUGGUGAGGCUGAUCCUGCUGAAGAUGGCCAAGAUGGGUCUGCUGUUUGGGGGAGUGGUGUCAGACGGCCUGCGCAGCAAAGGCAAAAUCCAGAUCAAACACAUCUGCCAGAUGGAGCAGUACAAAGAUGGCCUGAGGAACACCAAGGACAUCCUGACAGACCUGGGUCUGGCGCCCUCUGCUGACGACUGUGUGGCGGUGCAGCAGGUGUGCACCAUCGUGUCCUUCCGUUCCGCCAACCUGUGUGCCGCCGCCCUGGCCGCCAUCCUCACCCGCAUCCGGGAGAACCGCAAGCUCAAGAGCCUCCGCACCACCGUGGGGGUGGACGGCACCGUCUACAGAACGCACCCACAGUUCCCCAAGCGUCUCCAUAAGGUGGUGCGGCGGCUGGUCCCCGACUGCCACGUGCGCUUCAUGCUGUCGGAGAGCGGCAGCAGCAAGGGAGCCGCCAUGGUAACAGCGGUGGCCCAGCGUCUGAUGUCACAGCGGCAGGAGAUCGACGACACCCUAGCCCUCUUCAGGCUGGAGCCCCAGCAGCUGGAGCAGGUGCGGGACCGCAUGCGUGUGGAGCUGGAGAGGGGACUGAGGAGGGAUGACCACAACACAGCCUGCGUCAAGAUGCUGCCCUCCUACGUCUACCGCACACCCGACGGCUCAGAGACGGGUAAGUACCUGGCCCUGGACCUGGGGGGAACUAACUUCCGUGUGUUGGUGGUGAAGAUCCGGACGGGGAUGAGCAAAGCAGUGCGCAUGUACAACAAGAUCUACGCCAUCCCUCAGGAGAUCAUGCAGGGCACUGGAGAGGAGUUGUUUGACCACAUAGUGCAGUGCAUCUCCGACUUCCUGGACUACAUGGGAAUGAAGAACACACGACUCCCUCUAGGCUUCACAUUCUCCUUCCCCUGCCGCCAAGCUGGCAUUGACAAGGGGACCCUGGUGAGCUGGACCAAGGGCUUCAAAGCCACAAACUGCGAAGGAAAUGAUGUCGUCGACAUGUUGAGGGAAGCCAUCAAGAGGAGAAAUGAGUUUGAUCUUGAUAUCGUUGCUGUUGUGAAUGACACAGUGGGCACAAUGAUGACCUGUGCAUAUGAGGAUCCCAAAUGUGAGAUUGGACUUAUUGCUGGCACGGGCAGCAACGUGUGCUACAUGGAGGAGAUGCGGAACGUGGAGACGGCGGAAGGGGACGAGGGGAAGAUGUGCGUCAACACAGAGUGGGGCGGCUUCGGGGACAACGGCUGCAUGGAGGACAUAAGGAACAAAUACGACCGGGAGGUGGACGAGGGAUCCCUGAACAACGGCAAGCAGAGGUUUGAGAAGAUGACCAGUGGGAUGUACCUGGGGGAGAUAGUGCGGCAGAUCCUGACUGACCUGACCCACAGAGGCCUGCUGUUCAGAGGACGCAUCACCGAGCCACUCAAGACCAGGGGCAUCUUCGAGACCAAGUUCCUCUCACAGAUCGAGAGUGACCGUCUGGCUCUGCUGCAAGUGAGGUGCAUCCUGCAGCAGCUGGGUCUGGAUGAUUCGACCUGUGACGACAGUAUCAUCGUCAAGGAGGUGUGCGGAGCCGUGUCCAGACGCGCCGCGCAGAUCUGCGGAGCCGGAAUGGCCGCUGUGGUGGAUAAGAUCCGCGAGAACCGAGGGCUGGAACACCUGGAGGUGACUGUGGGAGUGGAUGGCACUCUCUACAAGCUCCACCCACACUUCUCCCGGAUACUGAAGGACACAGUGAGGGAGCUGGCCCCCAAGUGUGAUGUGGAGUUCACCUUAUCAGAGGAUGGCAGUGGGAAAGGAGCCGCCCUCAUCACCGCCGUAGCCAAGAGCUCCUGUGGCGAGACAUAAUCACGGAAGGAAGACGCUGAUAUACAGUACUGACUUGACUGCAGAUGGAUAAAAAUGGAUGAAAUGCGCAGUGUAAAAACAUUGCAAGCCAGUUAAACUUAAAAAAAUAAGUUGCCCUGAUGCCUUAAUUUACAUAAUAAGUUUAUAAAAUAAGUUAACUCAACUUGAGGCCUUGAUUUUCAAGUUGAUUCAAGUUGAUUUAACUUACAAAUUUAAGACAGCAGGGCAACUUACUUUUUAAAGUUUAACUGGCUUGCAAUGUUUUACAGUGCAGAAGACUCUCAGGAGGCUUGAGUAAUUCUUGAGGGAGGAAAUUCAAAGGACAGUUUUAUUGGAGAUCAGUUUUUGUAAGGCCACGUCUGUGAUACACAUCAUGGACAAUAUUGUGUUAAAUUAAUACAGAAAUAAUGUGAAGAUUUUUUUGUUGUUGUUAUUGUUGCUAAAGUAGCCUAAUAGCACUGCCACAUCUGAUUCUGGGGUAUUAAGGCAUAUUGUGUAUAUGUUUGGAAAAUAUGUCAAAUAAUUUUGUCAUGUUUCUGUGAAUAAAGCACUUAUACCAAUAUUAUUAACGUUACUGUCAGUAGUGAAAGUAAUAACUGAGACAGCAGCAACUGGAGUGAACCCAUUGUGAAUAUUUGCACUUAUCUUUGGAAUGCUGCCUGUGCUUUGAAAACUGUGAACGAUAUUUGGAUUAAACCGUGGCAUCGCCGUGUGCAAACAAUUGAAAA